AUGCAAUACCUCAACAUCAUCGCCGCAAUGGCAACCAUCGCCUCCAUCGCAUCAGCAAACUCCAUCAUCUUCGUUUCCCGCUACACCACAGAUAGAACAGUAUGCUGGUACUCCGCACCAGGAAGUGCCAUCAUCCCACAAAUCGCCGUUCCACGCAAAGGAACCGUCUACGUACCCAUUCCAGAAGGAUGGGAAGGAGCCUGGCAAACCUCCAAGUCCGCGACCGACUGUGGACCAGUCGAUAUCCGCGGAGAGGUCAAAUUCAACGGCUUUGAAGAUAAGAGCUGGUACGACGUCUCUGCCAUUGACAACCUUACCAAUAACGAGGGUGUUUACUGGUUGUAUCCUCAAAGCGGAAAUGGUGUCCAUUCUGGAUGCGAGAAAUUCCCAUGCGAUACCAGCUAUAACAGACCUGAUGAUAAACAAACGCAGGUUACUGAUGAGAAGGACUUGAUUUGCGAGAUUGGAGGUUGA